AAGGAUAGAAAUCAGUUUAUUUAUUCCAUCGCACCUGAUUUCGUUUCACGACCGGAAAAGGCAGAAAAAAGGAAGUGGGAUAAGAAGCGAGACUGAACGAACUUCCGGUAAAAACAAAGCACACGUCGAACAACAAGUCAAGACUUUUAAAAAUCUUAAAUUUCAAGAUGGCUGAUAAUUUUGGCGGGGAUGAAUUUUACAAUUUUAACUAUGAUCAGCAGCAGCAGCAGUCAUCAGCUGGAUAUGAUAUGGGUGGAAAUAAUUUCGGACAAGAUCCACAAUUUGCCCAGUUUGAUUAUGGACAACAGCAGCAAGGAUAUGGGGACCUGAAUGCCUAUGGAGGCAAUAGAGACCAGUAUGCAGGUCAUAUAUUUACUCCAGAGCCUGCGCAACAAUAUGAUCCAAAUGCAGGAGGAGAGAACUAUGAUGAGGAACCACCGUUGAUGGAAGAAUUAGGAAUCAACUUUGACCAUAUUACGCAGAAGACUUUAGCCGUCCUGAACCCACUUAAACAAGCAAACCACACCAUUAUGCAGGACACAGACUUAGCUGGACCAUUGGUGUUUUGUUUAGCAUUUGGUGGAACUCUUAUGCUGUCUGGGAAGUUGAGUUUUGGUUACAUCUAUGGUAUUGGUGUAGUAGGUUGUCUGGCCAUGUAUACCCUACUGAACCUAAUGAGUAUGACUGGAGUGUCUGUAGGCUGUAUCAUCAGUGUGUUGGGUUACUGUCUCCUGCCAAUGGUCAUUCUCUCAUUCUCUGCUGCUUUGUUAUCUUUACAAGGUAUGCUGGGUAUAUUGUUUACAGUCUUAGCCGUCAUUUGGUGCAGUGCCUCAGCCUCCAAACUUUUCGUAUCAGCUUUAUCCAUGGAUCACCAACAACCACUAGUGGCCUAUCCAUGUGCUUUGGUUUAUGGAGUAUUUGCCUUGUUGACAGUGUUUUAAACAUUUUAAUGAUGAAAGAAUACUUUACCAAAUAUAUUUCGUAACAUUGAACAAGAUGUUGUCUGAUUAUCUGUGCAAUUUUAAAAGAAGUAAAAAGAUUCUAAUGAAAGAGAUGGAUACUGUAAAUUUAGAAAUUAUUGCUAUGUUUUUAUUAUUGCGAAAAAUGCGACAGAGUUGUAAACACAAUAAUCUAAACUCGACUUUUCAAAUGUUUUAUAUGAUUUAAACAGGAUAUUUCUUAAAAUCGUAAAAUCAAUCUCGCAUUCAAGUCUAAAAUAACUAAAUCGCAAUAAUAAAUGAACGCAAUAAUUUCUGAAUUUACAGUAUUUACUUUUUAUGUAGAGUUUUAAUAUUGAUUAUUGAAUUUUAACUCUUAUUCUGCAGAAAGUGUAGAUUUUGUAAAAAAUAAGUCAAUUAAGUGUACAACAAAAAUGUUUUUUUAGUAUUUCUCUACAUAGUUUAAGAACAAAGACUUUGAAGAAAAUUAGAUAUCUUUCAUUUGUAUUCACAGUACUUAAAAUGUCCUUAAAUUUGUUAUUGGGUUAUGGAAGUGAUUUGCCAUUAUAUUUAAAAUUAUUUACGGUAAUUUAUUUUAUGACAUGGAUUAAUUUCAACACAUAUAUUGCAUAAAUUGAUUCAUUAAAUAUAUACCUAACAUAAUA